CGCUGGUGUUUGUUUCUGCAGAGCGUUCAGGGAGGAGCCAAGAUGGUGGGUCAGCUGGGUCACGGCGACCAGGCCUCGUACCGUCAGCCGCGGAGAGUGGAGCGUCUGCAGGGCAAAGCCAUCCGACAGGUGUCCUGCGGAGCCGACUUCACCGCCUGCAUCACCGACGAGGAUCAGAUGUACAUGUUCGGCUCUGAUUACUACGGCUGUAUCGGUGUGGAGAACGAGCUGGGCAUGGAGGUGCUGGAGCCGGUUCUGCUGGACUUCUUCCAGGAGCGUCCGGUGCGUCAGGUGUCCUGCGGGGACAAUCACGUGGUGGCGCUGACCCGCAGCGGGGACAUCUACUCCUGGGGCUGCGGAGAGCACGGUGAUGUGGUGGUGGUGAUGCGGAGAGGGGGGUUAUAA